GCUGCAGUCGACAGUUUCCACCCUGAUCACGAAUUAUAUUGUGAAGAGACGAAGGAAACAAUGAUGAGAGAGAUAGAGAAUCUUAAAAUGAAUCUUCAACUCUACGGAGGAGGACAUGGCAUGAACCUCUUAACCUACGACGAUCUCCUUCGCUUUGAGCUCCAACUCGAAUCUUCUUUCCAAAAUGCUCGAGCUCGUAAGUUUGAGCUCAUGCAUCAGCAGCAACAAAGGGACGACCCGAAGGGAAAGGGAAAGGAAAUAUUCAUGGAUGAAGAGAACCAACAGUUUUACCAUCUGGGACAAGGAAGCUCUUGGGAGCAUCUGAUGUGGCAAGCAGAGAGACAGAUGAUGACGUGUCAAAGAGAAGUAGAAGAUGACUUUAUGCGUCGGCACAUGAAGGAGCAGUUCCCUUUCAACGUUGAUGAACAACCUACCGGCCUUCUUCAACUCCUCCGCACUCCUCCAUCGCCCGUUAAAACCCUGAGUCAAAGCCCCGGCACAAAUAAGUGUUGA